GCUUUUGUUUCCCCGCUCCUUGUCUUUCCACGCCUCAAUCUUUGACAAAAUGACUGUCAUCGAAUCAGUUAAAAGUGCCGUUGGCCUUUCGGAGACCUCCGCAACCCGCCAGGAAAUGUCGGAGGCGCGUCUUCCCAUGCAAUACAGAGAUUCAUGUGCACACCUUCUGAUCCCGUUGAACCGAUGCCGGCAAGCAGAGUACUACCUUCCCUGGAAGUGCGAGGAUGAACGACACUCAUACGAGAAGUGCCAGUACGAAGAGUUUAAGAAGCGUGUGGCCAAGAUGGAUGAGCUGCGUGCCGCCAAGGACGGCGCCCGGAGCAACUGAAUUAUGGGACCGUCGGUAUGCG